GCUUAAACUGUUUGCACCGUGGUAGUAGGCACAGUACGAGAGAAAUACUUCAUACACCGUCUCGGCUGCAUUUCAAUAUUGUGGAGUAGUACACAUUUGAUGCCAGUAGAAAAACAGCUUUAAGUCCAUGUAAAGUACAUAACAACAGACAGUAACCGUGAUUGUUGUUAAAGCCGAAUCAAGAUAAAGGAUUGUGGUUUUAACGGAUUGAAAGGUUUUGUUUAGAAUAUAGAAUAUUUACUUGAUAACAGAAGAAUGGAUAAUGACAAGUAUCUCCCGGAACUCGUUGCUGAGAAGGACUCUUUGGACCCAUCCUUUACACACGCUCUGCGGUUGGUCACUCAAGAGAUUGAAAAACUACAGAAAGAAGAAAACAAAGAGGAAGAGAAGUACAUUGAUGUUGUGGAAAAUAAGAACAUGAAAUUAUCACAGAAGGUACUAAUACCUGUAAAACAAUUCCCCAAAUUUAACUUUGUCGGAAAACUGUUGGGGCCUCGUGGUAACUCACUGAAAAGACUACAGGAAGAUACUUUAACAAAAAUGUCUAUUCUUGGAAAAGGCUCAAUGAGGGAUAAAGCCAAGGAAGAAGAGCUACGAAAGAGUGGUGAAACAAAGUACUAUCAUCUUAAUGAAGACCUUCAUGUUCUGAUAGAAGUAUUUGCUCCACCUUCAGAGGCCUACGCCAGAAUGGGGCAUGCUCUAGAUGAAAUAAAAAAGUUUCUUAUUCCAGAUUAUAAUGAUGAAAUCAGACAAGCACAACUUCAGGAACUCACAUACUUAAAUGGGGGUACAGAAAAAACAGAGGUCCCAGCAGUUCGCGGGAAGCCUCCCACCAGGACUCGAGGUGUACUAGCACCAGUCAUGCCAAGGGGUCGUGGGGGAGUGCCACCUCCACCAGCAGGUAUUCCAAGAGGAGCUCCAGCACCAAGGGGUGUGCCACCAGGUCGAGCUCCUGUAGGACGUGGUCGUGGACAUCCUCCUCCUAGAGCAAGAGCAGCACUGGCAGGUUACAGACCACCACCUCCUCCUCCUGUUCAAGAAGCAUACGAUGACUAUGAAUAUGAUGAUGGCUAUGGUACUGCUUAUGACGACCAGGGUUAUGAAUCUUACAAUAAUUCAUACAGUGCCCAAGCACAGAGUGACUCUGAUUACUAUGAGUAUGGACAUGCAGCAGAAGAGGAUGGUUACGAUUCUUAUGGGCAAGAAGAAUGGACUAACUCAAGACACAAAGCACCUCCAGCAAGGACAGUCAAGGCUAUCUACAGAGAAAAACCAUAUGCCAGAUACUGAUCGUGCUCCUGGAUGUUGUGAACUUCCCUUUACCACCAAUCUCCUUUUACUGUUUAAAGUAAUGUUUUUUCUAUGAACUAUCCCUCUUUUUAAUAAAACAAAAACAAACUGCUUACUAAACAAACAGCAAAAACACAAAAACAAAAAACAGACCUGAUGGAUGGAAGUUAGUCUCUGAGCAGAUGGAUGUAACGGGACUCAAAAAAUUUCUGUAAAGAGAAUUGCUUUUUUCAACCCUGGAUUUGAAAAUAUGUAAAUUGAAGACAAAAAAUAAUCAUUCAUGAUUAACUAGAAUUUAAAAAAGGUGCAGAAUUAGGUUUGCUAAAGCUGUAGAUCGAGUCUUAAAAUAUGUUAACUCAUUCAUUUAUAACCUUAAGAGUAAUAUUUAUUUUAAAUGUUUUCAACAAAUAUCCAGACCUCCUAACUAACAUACAUACUUUUUUCCAGCUUUUGUUAGUUUUAUUUCUUGUAAACAUAAAAGAAAAAACAGAUGCAGAUAAUGUGGUAUUCAUUUUUGUAAUGCGAGUCUUGAUAUGUUCUGUAGUGUUGAGCAGAGUUCUUUUUUGCUUGAUACUAAAUAAACUUUUGAAAGAAA